AUGUCCGGCUUUCUCUCUUUGAUAGCCUGGAGCUUCCUCCCCAACGUAGGCCCCCUUCACACCCGCUUCACACACCCUUCACUUGCAAGACCUGUAUUGCUGGGUGAUGCCACUUGUACUCUACAACUGGUAACAGGCUGGAUGCAAACAAUCCUCUACAGCAUCCUCAUCCGCGCCGGCGACCCCCACCCCACGCCGGGAACCCCCCGAUGGGCCGAACACCGUCGCAAAAUCCACAUUGCCGUCGUCACGGUUUAUUUGUUGUAUACCAUCUACGAAGCCGAUCAUGACAUACAAUCCACCCCCUCAUUUUACUCCUCCCUUGGAGUCCCCCUGACAGCCACAGAGAAGGAGAUCAAAUCCCGCUUCCGGAGACUGGCGGCGCACUUCCAUCCAGACAAGAUCAAAGACAGCAAGAUCGCUGCCGACGAUGCGAAUACCUAUUUUGUGCACCUGCAGCUGGCGCAGGAUACGUUGACGAACGGGGCCAAGAGGUUUGCCUACGAUCGGUUUGGGCCGGAGGCGGUGACGGGGUGGCAGCAUUGCAGCAGCGUGGCGGAUUAUGUGUACAGGGGCUUCAAGGGGAUCGUGCCGUACUACACGCUGGCGGCGCUGUCGAUGUACGGGUUUGGGUUGCUGGGGUAUCUGGACUGGGGAAAGUUUGAGAGGUGGUUGGUGCUGGCGCUGCUGUUUUUGUUUGAGAGCCAUGCCGUCACGAGACCGUACCCGCCGGUUUUGCUGACAAAGUUUAUUAACCCUUUUGUUACUUGGUUUCCUGGCCGGCAGCCGUAUUUGCAGUUUCAGGCGAUUACGCUGGCCAAGAAGUUGGCGUUGACGCUGUAUCUGGCCUUUUCGCAGAUUGGUCCGUUGCUGACGGCUGAUACGACGAGUGGGAACAUUGUUGUGGGAAGGGGUGGGAGGGGGACGGGGAAUGAGGAGCAGGAGUUGAGGAAGGGGCUUGAGAGGUUGGAGGGGACGGUCAGGAGGUUGGAUACGGAUGCGACGAAUUUGUUGCAGUUGGAGCUGGCGCCGUUUGCGGGGGAUGAGAAGGGGAUGGGGGAGGUGUGGAGGCGGGUGAGGGAGUGGUUGGUGCAUAAUACUAUUAGGAGUGAUCCGAUGGUGAGGGAUGCUAUGGGACGGAGUUUGGCGAGGAGGAGGACGGGGGCG